AGGAGGUUACCGCCUGAGGAGCGUCAGUGGUGUGCAGGACCACGUCGAGGAAGGAGUGUUGCAAUAUUGCCCUUCAGUCAACAGAGAGUAGUAAGAGAAGCCACAGUGAUAGGAAGAUGAGCCGGUGGUCGUGGAUGGUGGUGGCGGUGGUGGCAGCCCUGCAGAGAGGUGGUCCGCUAGGGGCUCAAGGCAUACCUGUCGAGGAGAUGGAAGAGCUACCUGUGGCGCGUGUCAUCCGUCAGAUCAGCUUCCCAGGUGGAGGACAAAAUGGAGGUUUCCCAGGACCAGGGGUUUCCCAAGGAGGUUUCCCAAGUUUUGGAGGUUCCCAAGGAGGCUGUAACUGCAUUCCUUUAGUCACCUGCGCGUCGGUGAUGACACAGAUCACGCAACAAUGUAGACUGGGAAAUGGUAGCCCAGGAGUCUGUUGCCCUGCAUCUAACCUGGCCGCCCAGACCCCUGCCAGAGGACAAGGUGACAGCAAGGUGUUUAGAAACCCUAACAUCAGUGUGAGGAUGAAACCAAUUGACCAAGGGAUGCUGAACGCUGCCUGUAACAAGGGCAUCAACCACGUCAACCAAGUCAACCAACUGGAACAGAACCUCCUCCGCAACAACAAGGUGGUGCCGAGGAACUCACCUGCCAGCGUACACCUGAGGUUCUUCAAGACCAAGGAGAGCGCGAAGAGGAUGGAUCAAAUAGCUACUGCCAUCAUCGCCGCCUCCUCCAACAUGCUGAGAGACUUUGGUUUGACUUCUGAGCAAGCAGGCUUCGGUUUGAGGAAUAUCCAGGUAGCCAAUACCACUCUAGGCAGAACUUGUCCUCCCCUGCCCAGGUGUAGUAAUAACAAGUACCGAACAGUUGAUGGCUCCUGUAACAAUAUGAGACAUCCUACUUGGGGCCAGUCUAAUACACCGUGCCAGAGAAUAUUGCCUCCUACCUACGGGAAUGGUGUGUCGUCGGCUCGCUCAUUGAACACUAAUGGGUCACCACUGCCUAAUGAACGUCAUAUCACCAAUAACAUUUUGAUAGACCUGGACAACCCUGACCAAGAUUUCACGCUCUUCGUCAUGCAGUGGGCACAGUUUAUUGACCAUGAUUUUGCUCAUGUUCCCUUUCACUCUUUCCCCAACAAUCAGGGAAUCGAGUGCUGUGAGAACGGCCAUAUAGUAAACCCUCCGCCUCACCCCUUCUGCUGGCCCAUCGACACAACAGGCGACCCCUUCUAUGGUCCUAAGGGCAGCAACUGUAUGAACUUCGUCAGGAGUAUGUUUGCUGUUGGCGCCGGUGAGGAUUGCACUUUUGGCUACGCUGAACAGCUCAAUCAGAUAACACACUGGAUCGACGGCUCCACUGUGUACGGGUCAGACGAAGAAGAACAACGGCCACUACGAACCUUCAGAGAUGGACUUCUAAAGAUCUCUGGCAACAACCUCCUACCUAUCAACCCUAACCAAGGAGGAGACUGUCAGGCCAAAGAACGCAACUCACUCUGCUUCCUGGCUGGUGACUCGCGAGUGAACGAACAGCCGGGACUGACAGCCAUACACACCGUCUGGAUGAGGCAACACAACACAGUGGCCAGACAACUCAGGAGCAUCAACCCUCAGUGGUCAGACGAGGCCGUGUUCCAGGAGGCCAGAAGGAUCAUUGUCGCUCAGAUCCAACACAUCACCUAUAACGAGUGGCUGCCUAUCAUUGUCGGUAACAAUUUCAUGCAGUCAUUCGGUAUCAAUGUCCUCCAGAACGGCUACAGCUUCGACUACAAUGAUAACUUUAACCCAAGUAUGAAUAAUGAGUUCUCCACUGCCGCCUUCCGAUUCGGGCACACGCUGGUACAAGGAACAGUCAGGAUGAUCUCUGCGGCAGGAGGCAUAAGCACCGUCAGGCUCCGUGAUCACUUCGACUCUCUCUCUGUCAGAGAAAGGCCCGACUGGAUGACAUCUUCGUAACUACAGAUAGCCAUCCAACAGUUCGAUCCUUUUGUGUCUCAGGAACUGUCCAAUCAUCUCUUCCAGGUAAGGAACUCUGUCUGUCUGUCUUUGAGGACUGGUGGUCUGAACAUCACGAGGCCGGGACAGCAAGCUGUAGCCACCUACAGCGACAUAAGACAUAUCUGUGGUCUACGUCGGGCCAGGACCUUCAGUGACCUCACCGAUCAAAUUGACCCCCAGAUCGUUCAGACACUGUCGAGAAUCUACAAUUCUGUCGACGAUAUUGACUUCUUCGUGGGAGGCCUCGUGGAGAAGAAGGUUUCGGGUGGUCUCCUGGGCUGGACCUUCCUGUGUGUUGUAGGAGACCAGUUUGCACGACUUAAGAAGGGAGAUCGCUAUUUCUACGACCUUGGAGGACAGCCAGGAUCCUUCAAUGAGGGUCAACUUCAGGAGAUCCGCCGUACCUCCUGGGCCAGAAUCUUAUGUGACAACUCCAACAUUGAGGCCGUCCAGCCCCUUGCCUUCAGGCAGACCAACAACGCUCUUAACCAGCCUGUAGCGUGUCAAGGUCCUGGUAUUCCUCGUCCUAACUUGGCUCUGUGGCAAGGCGAGAGACCAGCCGCUUAGACCCUCGUCCCUCUCCCUGUAAUUCGCCCUCGUCGCCACCCUCGCCUUCAGGCCUCAGAAACUAACCCUCAGGAAAAAGUUUCUUCUCACACAAGGGACUAACACGAGUAGAGUGUCCUGGCUGCCCGUGGGGGAACUUAGGUGUCGUAAAAUAGAGUGACGUAAAGUUGUUUUUCUGACCAACAAACAAACAAAAAUAAUACCUUAUUUACUUUGAUCGGGAAAACCACAAAAAAAAAAAUACGAUUGCACACCAAAAAAAAAAAUAUCCUUUCGAGGAACAUGAUCUUUGUUAAACUUGUCAUAAUUAUCAACAUCAUAAACGACGAUUAAAGUGACAUACCCAGCCUCAAGUCCAUAGGUAUUGUAAAUGGCCUCUAUUGACGUGUACAAAAGAAACUCUACGUAAAUAAUCUUUCUCGGCCAGACUGAGUUAGGUUAGGGUUGGUUAGGUCUGAUUAUUUUCACUAUGGUGUCUUGUCAACAUCCUGGUAAACUCUGGCAAUGGCUCAUCUUCACUGGAGUGUCCACAAAUAAAAGUGUUUUAAUGA